ACUCCACUCGAGCCGAGCGUGACUCAGUGUCAGUGCGUCCCCGGACCGGCGCGGCUCUGGUUUGGAUCACGUCGCGCAUCGCGGAGAGUGUCACUUGUCACUGCGCUGUGGAUCCAUGGUCAGAGCUCACUGCUCGGCAUCCAUCCUCAACCUCGCCCAUAAAGUGUGCGUGCCCGCCACAGUCCCCCGACCAUGUCCGUGGAGAGCGUGGAGCAGCUCCCGGACGACGUGCUCGUGACGGUGAUGCAGUACCUGGGCGUGGAGGACGUCCUCGCCUGCCGCCUCGUGAGCAAGAGGUUCGGCUUCAUCGCCCUGCACCGCGACGUCUGGCGCCAACGACGGCUGGACAAGGCGAAGCCCUGCGUGUGCGCGGUGCUGCGCCUGGCGCCGUGCCUGGAGAUGGUGCCGUACACCAGCAGGAUGCACACCCUCGGGCUACUCACGACCAGGUGCGCGGUGGCGGAGCUGGAGCUCACUGUGGAGCGCGAUGAUCGUAAGGUCGCGCGUGGCCUCGGGGCCGCCGCCGUAGCGAUCCGCCAGCAGCAGGCGCUCGGCCGCCUGAGGCACCUUCACCUGGAUAUCGACAAACGGGUCACUGCCGGCGACGUGCUGCUGAGAACGGUCCUGGCGGUGACCUCUGACCUGGAGCGGCUUGUAGUCGAGGGCAUGCCAGAGACGGCGUACUCCGUGCAGCAGCAGCAGCCGUGCACCUCCUCCCUAAAGUACUUUAAGUGCGGAGCUGGCAACUAUUGGGGUAAAACGUCCUCUGCAGCCUUCGCCACCGCCGUGCUGGCCGGGCACGCCGCCACCCUGGAGGAGGUGGACCUCGGUAAGGGCAUCAAUUCCCUCAGCACGUCCCGGCUGCUGGCAGGCAUGUGCAAGCUACGGGCGCUCAAAUGUGGGAUUCUCCCCGAGAUGGAGGCUGUGCUGAUCGGCCACCUGCAGGCGCUCGGCAGCCUGAGGUGCCUCAAGCUCGAUUUUGAGAAAGAGAUGCCUGGAUCGGACUUACUCAUGAAGACGUUACUGGCUGCGACCUCUGACCUGGAGGUACUGGAAGUUGACGGGUCCGUACCGAAGGGAAACUGUUCCAUCCAACGGCGACCUAGACCUUCCCUGAAACGCUUCAGAUGCACGUCCUCGCCAGCCUUCGUCGACGUCGUGCUGGCCGCGCACGCCGCCACCCUGGAGGAGGUCGACCUCGGUGAGGGCGACAGAUCGCACUCGCCCACCACAGCUCGCCUGCUCGCCGACUUGCCCAGACUCCGGUCGCUCAAGUGCGAUGCGCCCCCCGGGAUGGUGGCCUUGGCGGCGAGCGAGUCGCUGAGGGACGUGUACCUCUACGUGUACCAGCCAGAGGACGACAACGACUACGGGAACGGGGCGGCCACCGAGUACCUCCGCCGAGCCAGCCACCUGCGCAAAGUGUGCCUCGACUCAGCACAUCACAACCUGGAUGAUGGCGAGGAUGUCUUCGUCGCGGACCUGAUAGACGCCCUGGUCUCUGCCAGACCUGCCGGCCUGGAGGUGCUGGCGGCCAAUUACGCCUUCCUCCCCCCGCCCACCGAGGCCCUGGUGCGCGCGCUGCCCUCGCUGCCGGCCUUGCGGGAGCUGGAGGUGACGCAUUCGCCGCUCGAGGACGAGCUGCUGCUGGCCAUCACCCCCGCCACGGCCCCGGCGCUGCGCAGGAUCGUGCUCUCGACAGACGUCGGCGGGGAGACGGAGGAGUGCUUGCACGCCUGGGUGCACAAGAGCUCCGUCAGGGCUGUGCUCGCCGCGAACCCCGACGUCCAUAUCCAGCUACUCGAUCACGACCCGUACUAUUCAGGUGACGCCGACCACCUAAGAUGUACCUGUCGCGAGCUGCAGCUGGACUGCCACCAACAUAUCGACUGGCAACGGGCCGGACCGCUGGGCCUUUACUCCCACGAGGUUGACAAGUGCCCCUCUCCAGAGGACCACACCACCGACUCUUACCCAUGGCGCCUUUACAGCAAGAGGCGGUACAUAUUAACGUGGCUUCAAAUCCAAUGAGAUUUUAAUUGUAUGUCUGCCUAUCUGGUGUUGCUUCUGCAUUGCUUCAGGUUAAUUUGUACUGUAAUAAAUACUACGCUGUGAGCCGUCAUUCAGGA